CUCGCAUCAUGGACACGCCCGAAGAGCCGGCCCGGCGCAUUCGGCACAUCUCGGGCGUGGGGAUCCACGACCUCACCCUCCCGGGCUCCAAGUCCGGCGCCGCGCUGGUUGGCAGCCCGCGCAUGCGCCGGACGAGCCACUCUUCGCUCGAAGCGCCGCAUGGUCGCGCCCGCGCCCCCACGCUCGCUGGCGAAAGCCUGCACCCGCAUCCUCACGCACCUCCCUCCGUGCCUGAGGCCGGCGCCGACCUCCCCUCGCGCCCGCUCGCCCGCAGCUUCGUCGCGCUCUCACUUCCCGAACCCGAGCCCGUCCAGCUUGACGACGAGCCACCUUCCCCCUCCCCACCGCCGACGCCACGCAGCAGUUCGUCUACUGGUGCGCGCCGCACACGCACCGCGUCUCUACCGCCGCGGCCGGUGCGGAGCUCCAGUUCGUCCAGCAUCACCUCGCUCUCGCGAGGGAACGGGAGCGGGCGGCCGGAACUCAAGCGUGCACCGAGUGCGGGGAGACCGGCGCCCAUGCGUAGAUCAACUCUCGGUCUCCCCGCCUUCCCCGCCCGCUCGGUGGAUGCCAAGGCCAGGCCCUCGCCCGUCCCGUUCUUCCUCUCGCCCAUCCACGAGCCGUCGACGCAGCCGCGCUGGGCCAGUAUUGAGCACGGCGAUCUCGCGCCGUGGAUCACCGGCGUGGAGUGCGCCGGUACGCGUGUAGACCUCUCUGUGUGGGUUGAGGAGCGCGGCAAGUGGCGCCGCCUCCCCGGUGUCGGAGGCGUCAUCGACCUGCAAGACCUCGUACCCAUACCUGCCGGUGCGGCGCUGCCUCCUAAUUCCAUCGAGUUCACAUUCACCAACUCUCCACGGACGGCAUUCUACCUUCCUCCUGAGGGGACGGAGGCGUCUCCAAAGCGCGAGGACGAGAAGGGCGUCGUCGAGAGAAGCCUGCGUGAGACGCGCAUGAAGAAAGGCGCUCACUUUGGCGCUCUCCACCAACUCGUCAAUAUCCAGUCCGUGAUCGCCGAUACGGAACGUAGUAUAGUAGACCUGCAGCGCCAGAUUGACAGCCUCAUCUCGGCGGAUAGCGACCGCUCGAUGCUCAAGCGUGACAUAUCGGAGCGCUCGCUGCGCGUGAGAUGGAUACGCGACCGUGUGGCCGAGGUCGAGCGCACGACCGAGGAGGCGCGCGCACGGAUAACGCUGCACCGUGGCCGACUGGAUGCGCGGCGAGCGCUGCUCAAUGCCGCCAUCGAGCGGGCGGAGCAAACGUACACGCAGACCGCAGAGCUCACGACUGAGAUUGCGGACGUUGAAGCACAGCGUGCUGACCUUCUCCCGCUCAUCUACCAGCGCCGCGCAUCACAUGCCCAGGCUCUUGACGCGCUAUUCCCCAUCGCGCCGAUUCACGCACCAUCGCUCCUCUACUCGAUUCUGGGUGUGCCUCUCCCCAUCCCUCUUGGUCCCAAGGAUCCCGCUCCCCCACUAUCACUUCCACCCCAGCAGACACCCGAGGGCUGCCCACGCAUUGACGAGCGUACGACUGCCGCAGCGUUAGGAUAUGCUGCCCUCGUGCUCCAGCUCAUCGCGAAUCUCGGUGGCGCGGCCGCUGGACUCGCCUACCCCAUCACCUACGCGGGCAGCAAAAGCCACGUGCGGGACGUCGUGAGCGUCAUGCAGGGUCCUCGCUCGUUUCCGCUGUAUGGCCGCGGUGUGGAGCGCUACCGCUACGAGUAUGCCGUGUUUUUGCUGAACAAGGACAUUGAGCUGCUGAUGUACGAGGCGGAUAUCCGCAUGCUCGAUCUGCGACAUACUCUCCCGAACCUUAAAAACGUCCUGCUCAACCUGUCCUCGCCAGAACCUCCCCCUCCCGGACCAGUCAUGGGGCCGGGGUGGGCGAGUGGCGCGGGUUCGCGCGCAUCGAGCCGCCAGCCCAGCGCGAACUGGACGCAGCGCUCAAGUCUGCUGGCGUCGCUUUCUCCGCAACGCUCCGUGAGCGUAAGCUUGCGCGGCGACUCGCCAUCGCUCGCCGCGGCAAGCAUCGUAAGUGUGGCGCCGACGUCGGAGGCCUCAGACGCACACCAAGGCUCGACGACGCCCACAACUCCUCCGCUCUGGACCAGCCAGCGGUCCGCGCUAAGUCGCGACACGACGGAAGACAGUAGCUCAGAGGCGACGAUCGAGCCGUGCCUCAAAGCAUGAUGAUGCAUCAGAUGUUCCGCGGCACCCCGGGUCGGUGGUAUGUAUCCCGCAGCUCGGCCUCCUCCUCGACCUCGCCGUCGAGCCCGCGGCCCUUUGUCCAGCGUGUUCGCUCGCGCGGGCCUCCAAUGGCGCUGAGGUCUCGCGCGAGCUGCGCGCGUGCGUCAACUCGCUCCUCGAGCUCGACCGGCCUCGCGUCACCCACCGCGCCGUCCCCCAGCAAAUUGCCUGUCCGCGCAG